GAGACAAAUAUAACUAUCAGUUCGAUGUUACGGACGCACGCAACCAGCCGGCACAACGUGAUACAUAUCUUUUUUAUUUUAUUAAGUAAUUUUUCUGAAACUUUCCAGCUGACACAUGGAUGACAAACCGGAUUUUGAGUUCAUUCAAACUCCAUGAAAAACUGGACGGUUAACCUGUUUCAGUAAACUGAAUGUGAAUGAUGGAACCGGAGGAGGGUAAAAUCUCGGUGUGGGUAUGCCGGGAGGAGAAGCUGGUGUCCGGACUGUCGAGACGAACCACCUGCGCGGACGUGGUGAGGGUUCUGAUGGAUGAUCAGAACUUCCAGAAAGGUGAGAACGCAGCGAUGCUCACUGGCACCCCGCAAUCUUACUGCAUCGUGGAAAAGUGGAGAGGGUACGAAAGGAUAUUACCCAAUAAAACUAAAAUCCUGCGCCUUUGGAUCGCCUGGGGUGACGAGCAGGAGAACGUGAGGUUCGUCCUGGUUAAAAACGAGGCGUCCCUGCCCAACAACGGACCGCGGAGCGCCGAGGCGCGCGUCGUGCUCAGCAAGGAAAGUCCGUGCACCCACAAGGGCGCAGCCAGACCCACGAUGGCGAUUUCGCAGGACAAGCAACGCAGGAUUGUGCGCAAGGCUUUUAGAAAGUUGGACAAAAUCAAUAAAAAGAAAGAGGAGACUUUGAUACGAGACAGUUCGUCCGCGGAAAAAAUGGAGACGCUCGUUCAUCUUAUUAUCUCACAGGAUCACACUAUUCGACAGCAGAUACAGCGGAUCAAAGAGCUGGAUAACGAAAUCGAGAUGUGUGAAUCGAAAGUGCACUUUGACAGGAUGAAAAGACACGGGGUAAAUUACGUUCAGGACACCUAUAUGCAGGACCAGGGCGCGGAGACUGAAUCCACCGGACACCCAGACGCGCCGUGCGCCUUUGCGCGGGCUGUUGAGCAGUUCGAGGAAUACGCGUCACGGUGCGACGAAGUGAUUAAACUUCAGGAGGAACUAACUGAGCAGGAGGCUCUGAUGGAUAUACUUUCGAGUGAAAUACAGGAAGAACUUAACCACAGGUGGAUGAGACGGAGACGAGAGGAGCUCUCCGACAAAGACGCGGAGGAUGUGGCUGAGGAAAUGGCCCUUAGGGUGACUUCGGUCCCUGGGGAAACAAUCUCAGUGUUUCAAGAGCCCCUGUUAGACAAGGAACUUCAGCUGGACGAGGAGAGAAUUAAAACACAACUGGAUACGAGUUUGUACAUCGGGCUUCGCUUGAACACAGAUAUGGAGAGCUCAAAGAACGAUUUGGAAUUCAGUCAGGAGCUUUUGGAUGCGAAGGAACGGGAGUUGAGGGAACUGCUGGAAAAGGUUCACAGAUUAGACGAACUAGAAGGGAAAGAGUCGAAGAACAGCAAAGAUGGGUCAACUGAGCCUGAAAGCGAACAGGUGCCUCCCGUUGACAAGGAUGAGAAUAUUUGGGUGGAGCAGGCGAGGGGACUCUCAAAGACCUGCAGGGCCAAUGAUGAUGACUCGGACACGGGACUGAGCUCAAUGCACAGCCAAGACUCAGAUAACGCAGCUGUUUGCGAGUCACUUGUGUGAGUCGUUCAGUAAUGAACUCAGGGAACAAUUGUCUCUAUUGAUUUCAAUGUAAUAUUCUCUCUUUAUAAGAGAGGAACGCAUGCAAAAUAUACCAGCGUAGUGUUAUGAUCGCCUCACAUGUACACACAUGUACAGUAGCUUGUAAGGUGCUUACUUACCAAAUAGUAACUAAUUAACCAAUGUAUAGACUGAGAUGUCCACUGUGUGCAGACCAAUGUUUAUAUAAACAACAUGCAUUUGUUUUAUUGCAUGUAAGGUGAUGUUAAAGAAUUACGUAUUUAUUGUAGAAAUGUUUAGGCAUGUGAAACGGCUGUGUUAAAGGGAUAGUUCACCCCAAAACGCAAAUUCUGUCAUCAUUUACUCACUCUCUUGUCAUUUUAAACCUGUGAGACUUUCUUUUUUUCUGCACAAUAGAAGAUAUUUUGAAGAAUGUUGUUAACCAGCACCCAUUGGCUUGCAUUGGUUUUGUGUGCACACAAUAGAAGUGAAUGGGUGACGGCAAUGUUUGGUUACCAACUUUCUUCAAAAUAUCUUCUUUUGUGUUCUGCAGAAGAAAGCCACACAGGUUUAAAAUGACAAGAGGGUGAGUAAAUAACAGAGUUUUCAUUUUUGGGUGAACUAUCCCUUUAAGCAGAUAUGUGAUAACUUCAAUGUCAACCCACUUUCACCAGAUGAAUAAUUAUAAUGAUUUGCUAACAGCUUUUAGAUAAUAAAUACAUUUUCCCCCAAAGGGUUUAGGCACAAUAGGUUUGUUAGUUUUGAAAACUAACGCAGUAAGAAUCAAAAUCAUAUUUUGAAUACAGUGUUGGGUGUAACUAGUUACUAAGUAAUUAGUUACUGUAAUUUAAUUACUUUUCAUUUGAAAAAGUAAAGUAAGGGAUUACUUCAAAUUAAAAGAUUUUUAUCUGUAAAUUAAUUACAGUUACUUCUGAUGUAAUUGAACUAAAUACUGUGUAAUAUAUUCAAUAGAGGAAAUGACAUCCAAAUUAAAGUCUAACACUGUAUCCUUCUCACAUUUGUAUACUUUGGUCAGUUAAUAAGAAUAAUUGAUGUAGUUUUUUAUUUAUUUGAAUGAAUUAAAUAAGCCAUUUCAUGUCUAUCCUUGAAUCAAUUCUAAUCAAGGGUGAUGUAGGAUAUAGAAAGUAAUUAGUAAUAAGUAAUUAAAUACUUUUUGGAGAGAGUAAUGUGUACUGUAAUCCAAUUACACUAUUGACUAUGUAAUUAGUAAUUAGUAAUUAAUUACUUUUUCGGAGUAACUUACCCAACACUGUUUGAAUAUUAAAAAAAUUCCUGGCUAUGAAGAUGCAAAUGAGGUGCUGCAAAAUAAAACUUUGAAGAGAGAUGCAUAUACAUGUAUUGAAAUGUUUUCGAAAUGUUCAUCGCUCACAUAUGAACCCUGAAAAAUAACAGUAAUAAUAUGAAUUCUAAUAAUAUUAAAGUCAUAAUCUUAAAGGGAUAGUUCACCCAAAAAUGAAAAUUCUGUAAUCACUUACUCACCCACUUGUCAUUCAAAACCUGUAUGACUUUCUUUCCUAAGCAGAACAGAAAAAGAAGAUAUAUUUUGAAGAAUGUACCGAACAUUGUCGGUACCCAUGGACUUGAAUUGGUUUUGUGUCCAUACAAUAGAAGUCAAUGGGUACUGCUGUUGUGUGGUUACUAACAUUCUUCAAAAUAUCUUCCUUUGUGUUCUGCGUAAGAAAGAAAGUCAUACAGGCUUAAAUUGACGAGAGGGUGAGUAAAUGAUGACAGAAUUUUAAUUUUGGGGUGAACUUUAAAACGCACUUUUCCAUGCCAAGAUAUAAAAAAAGACAGGCAAUGUAAAAUCUACUGUCGAUUCAAAAGCAAGAGAGGAAAAUUGUGGGUCUGGUUUCCUGUUGGCAUCAGUUUGUUCUGUGAUUAAAGCAGGGGGGAUGGUAGGCAGAGAUGAUAAAGCGCCAAUAAUCUGGAUCGGAUUGAACCAUUUCAAAUAAACAACCGCAGAAAUAGAUGCGUGUCCGCAGCCUCUAACACAAGCGGCUCUGAGAGGUUUGGAAAAGAUUCAGGAACAGCUGGACAAGCAGAAAUCUACAUCGUGCCGAAUGUGGGACAAACACUGCAUGUUGAAUCAGACAUCAUGCAGUGCAAGCAAUUAUUUUGACGAACUAUUGUGAUGUUUGCCAUUAUUUAGCAUCUUGUUUGUCUAAAAUAAAAG